AUGAAUAUUCGACGGAUUCCUGGAUUUAUUUAUCACCAUAAAUAUCUUGCCGGUAGUUUUUUUUUUACAUUGAUUUUUAUUAUUUAUUUACUCUACCACUGGGGUAUUAUAUGUACGAAUUUAAAAGCACGGCGACAGGUGUCAGAACUGUGUACUGAUUACAAAAAUGGUAUGGCCUUAGGAGUUUUAUGUGAACCAUUAUGUUCAAAACAGAGCAUCCAUUCCUUUAAUUGCGAAAAUCUUCAUUCUGGUAAAGACCUUGUUUUUUCAGCUUACUGGGAAACGACAAGGAUUAUUUUCAAAGCUUCCAAAAAAUUAUCACCAUCAGAACAAUAUGAAUCGCUUCAUUGGAUUGACACUCUUGGAAACAAACACUAUCCAUCAGAAAAAGAAUUUGAAAAAAUGAUAAGUGAUUUAGUAUUUACAAGACUCAAUAUAACGAUCGGUAGUCGACAACUAGAAAGAUUGGCUCAUCUAAGAUUAGGUCACUUAGAAACUGAAGAAAGGCGACGUAAUUUUGAAAUGGAAAAUAUUUGGUCAUUGUUGCAAGAAAAUGAAUAUCUUAUAUCAAUUUUGUAUGAAGACAGAGAAAUAUUUCCUAGAUUAAUUGGCACGUGUGGGACUUUUUAUGCUGUAGAGUAUGCUAAACCAAUUAAAAAUCCAACAACUUCUUCAGCUAUUUUAGAAUCUACACAUGAUUGGUCUAAAAGAGUGCAACUUGCCAUAAUGAUUUUGGAUCUUUUAGAUGAGCUAGAAAAUAAUUUUCCGGAAUCUUUUAUUCUAUGUGACGUAAAGAUCUAUCACUUUGGACUACCUAUUGGCAGUCAACGUCUUAAAUUUUUAGAUCUUGACGCUGUUUUUCCUAAAAGUAUCGCUAACCGACUAACUGCUGAUGGACAAUCGUGUAUAAAAAAUGAAGAUUGCGAUUACUUUGACUGCAAAUCUGUUUGUUCUAAUAAUAAACUCUGCGAGUCUCCUGUGAUCAAUGACAAUUUACAAAUUACUUGUGAAAAAGUAUUUCUUGGAUGGUCUAUUAUAAUACCUGGAUUGUUAAUCUCUCGAAAAGCAUCUGACAAUCUAACAAGUUUGCUUAAAGAGUGUGCUAAUUUAGAACGAGAAAUUAGUUUACAUAAUUUGUCAAGGACAACUGUUUCAUCGGCUAUAAAAACAAAACUUUACGAUAUUUUGACUGAUAUGGUUCGCCGUUACACAACUGCUACAUAA